AUGACAACGAUGUCCAUCCAACUGCGACGUGUGGUGUACCUGUUGGUACUUCUGCAGUGCUGUGCGUGUUUGGCCCAAGAAGGAGCAAAUGGUGUGUGGGGAGAAGCGUUGGAUGAACACCAGGACGUUUUGGUGGCGGAAAAAAAGGCAAAAGCAUGGAUGAAGAAGGUGAGUGAAUAUCUUGCGGAGGGGAGAAGUUAUUCAUCAGUGUUGGAGGGGGUUGUGAAUUUAUCAAACGAAAGUUCCAAACUUGCGAACUCGACCGCGUUGGAUUUCAAAAAACUUGUGGAGGAAGUUGAAAAGAAAGCAAUGGAGAAAGUUGAACCAAAAUACAAACUCGAGGACGAUGAGAAAAGGACACUCGAAGGAUUGGUGCAGAAGGUUAACAAGUCAGUUGACGAUACGGGAUCAUUGGUGAACGAUACAAAGUGGGCAAAUUAUGCGUGUUCUCUUUCACGUGAUACCUUGGUAAACGUGUUAAAUGGGUUCGACGGAAGUAGAGUCUAUUAUUUAAGUAAACUUGCUGAACCGAAUAAAACGUACUGGACACUGGAUAACGUGAAACUUGCGAGAAUCAGCAAUAAAACGUACCACGAUGUAUAUGCACUAAAGGAAAAAUAUGGUGUUUUGGCUGAUUUGAGUACUCGAUCCGUUAUAGAGGCCAUGGAACGAAUGGAAGGGGUGCAGAAAACGAUGGAUGAGAUUAAAAAGAAACUCGAAAAUAUUAAGGAAAAGGUGGUGGAAGGGGAGCUCGACGGGAUUGUGAAGUUGGUCGAUGAGGUCGUGAAUUCAUGCACGCCUUUUGUUGGGGUAGAUAAGGCGUGGGUUGAGAAAAGAAAGUUACCGGCGAAAACGAACGUUGAUGCGAAAAUGAAGGCAAAAAAAAAAGAGAUAGAAAAGCAGAUACCAGGGGAGAUAGAGGCCGAAGAAAAAAGGAUGGUUCAAGAAGAACAGGCGAAAAGGGAUGAGGCAGCGAGACUGGAAAAAGAAAGACUAGCGAAACUGGAAGAAGACAAGAGACUGGCUAAGGAGAAGGAGAGAUUGGCUCAAGAAGAACUGGAGAGAAAGAAAAAAGCUGAAGAAGAUGCGGAAAAGAGAAGGACAGCAGAAGAGGCGGGGAAGAGAAAAGCUGAUGAAAAGAGAGCCCAAGAAGAAAAAGCCAAACAAGAUCAGGAGAGGAGGGAUGCAGAAGAAAAAGCUAGAGUUGCAUUGGAGAAGAAAGAAAAAGAACAGCUGGAACGGGCAGCGGAAGAGGCGAGAAAAAAAGCAGAAGCGACUAAGAAGAAUGACAACAGUCACAGUCCUUCAUUGGUGCACAGUCCCUUUUUGUUGCUUCUGUUGUGUGUGCUGGGUAGCACUCUCGUG